AUGACGGAUGCUACGUUCAAGUACAUGACGGAUGCUGCCUACGAAGAGUGGAAGAACGUGAUGAACGGCCAUCCGUCGGAGCCGAAGUUCACGAAUCCGGUUCUCUGGGGAGGAGAGCCGCCAGUUUGAACGUUAUUAGUAUUUAUAUCAAUUUCCUCUAAACUUCCUUCUAGUCCGUUGUAAUUUUCGGUUUCUCAUAAAAUUAAUAUUCAGAUCAAUCAAAAUUUCGCUUCUUUUUCAAUUCCUUCUCAAUUCUCAUCUCCUCAAAACUUGAACACAAUUUUUAUUAAGCCAUAAAGUUUUGUAGAGUCACAUACUAAUUUAGUUUUAAAAUAUGGAAUUCCAUGUAAUUGUUCUCGUGGCCACCUUUCAACUCAUAAAACAUCCUUUACCACUUCCCUUCUGAUCAUUUUCUGACAAGUUAUGCGUAAGGAAGAAAAAAGCAAAGCGGAGAACACGGCCCAAGAGCCGGGCUCCCGUGCUCCGACGACGAAGCGCGAGAAGCAAGUGGCGGUAGGCGGGUGCACAACUACAGUAAUCCAUUGAGUUCUCGCAGGUGUCGCCGAUGAAUAAAAAACCGAAAAACAAAUCGAUUCUGUUGAUCGAAAAGGACGAGCGUCCGGGCAUCGGCAAGAACGCAAAGGCGCGCGCCGGGAACCGAUCGCUGGUGAUGGCGAAGACGCAGCCGACGUCAGAAGGGGCCAAGACGAUCCGCAUCGACGAGAUGAAGAAGCCGAUGAGUCUGACUUUGGCGAAGAAUCAAGAAUUGAUGGAGGCGGUGGAUCUGCAGAAGAAAUUGGAGAAAAAGAUGGAAGAGAGGAGGAGGGAGGAGAAGACGCAAGAGAUCACCGCACGGAACAAGACCGUCGAGGGCACCGAUAUGGUCGAAAUCAUCAAUCGGCACUAUCGGGCCUUGCAAUCCGGCGUGAGGAAGAUCAAGUACACACGGACAGAGUACGAGAGUGUCAUCGCCGAAGUGCAGACGAUCUUCACCGCGGAGAAGACUCUCAUAGACCUGGAUCCGCCGUGCGUGGUGGUCGGCGACCUCCACGGCCAGUUCAACGACCUUAUCAACAUGUUCGUGCUGCUCGGCCGUCCUCCAGAAACUGUCUACGUCUUCACGGGCGACUACGUGGAUCGGGGACAGAUGAGUUUGGAAGUGAUAAUGCUCCUGUUCGCCUACAAGAUCUGCUACCGGAUCACAUUUACCUGCUGCGUGGCAAUCAUGAAAUUCCACGUGUCAACAAGAAGUACGGCUUCUACGACGAGUGUCUCUCCUGCAUUCCCAAGCACGGAGAGGUCAUUUGGGCGCUCUUCCAGCGCUGCUUCAACAAUAUGCCCAUUUCCGCACUGAUCGCCACCAAAAUCAUGUGCAUGCAUGGCGGACUCUCGCCCUCGCUCACCACUCUUGACGUGAGCAUUUUCCUUCAUUUCAGACCACCAAAUUAACAUUUUGAAGGACCUGCGCAACUACAAAAAGCCAAUUCGCAAUCCCUCGUGCGGCAUCAUAAACGACAUGCUGUGGGCGGAUCCCGACAUUUCCGUGUUCGAGUGGAAAACGAGCAGCCGUGGUUCCGGAUUCGUAUUCGGCACCAAUGUGAUUGACGACACGUGCGCGCGCCUCGGCAUCGAACUCAUCAUCCGAGCCCAUCAAUUGUGCGUCGACGGGUAUUGGGUCGUCAGCGGAAACAAGCUCAUCACGAUCUUCUCGGCGCCCGUCUACGGCAAUCAGAACAAGAAUGCAGCGAGUGUGGUGAAGAUCGACGAGAAACUCACCGUCCAGUUGGUUCUUUUUGUGCCCGAAUCGGUUAGUUUAGCACUGGUAGAAGUUAUGAAUUCCCACAGUUUCAGCCUACAAUCAAAGAGACACUACAGCAGAAGAAUCGAGUUUGGGAUCCAGCUAUUGAAGCGGUCGGCUGA